CAGACAUUGUGAUUCGGCGAAAAGUCUGUGCGCGUUGGGGUUAAUCAAGUCCCAUCAUAAAAGCCAAUCUGAGUUUGUAUUUCUCCUUUUCAUUAACAAUUUCCUUCGUCUGCGCCAUCAACACCUUUAUCGUCUCGUCAAUAGUGUCGAGAUCAAAUGUGAGUAAUACUGACACGGGUAAACAAGAUGCUGUCUUCUGUAAACUUAUCGUACCGUCUUUAUUCCAGGGUUUUUACCGCUUGCCUUUCGACGAUCAUUGAUAGAUUCAAAUCUUCCAAAAAGACAAAUCAAAUGUUCUCGGCGAAGGACGAGGACGAGAAGCGCUUUCAGGAAGCAUUACAAAACGAGGCAACCAACAAUUCUUCUUCCCCUCCUCAUCCUCUGUUUUCGGAUGACAUCUUAUGCCAAAUCUUUCGUUUGAUCACCUUGCGAGAUUUAGCAAACGCUCAGCUAGUCUGCAAACAGUGGAACAAGAUUUUAUCUGAUCAUCAUGCAAUUUGGUGGGAUGCAAUUUACCUUGACAACGAUUUGGCUUUCGAGCGAAAGGACUUUUGUGCGGUUCAAACUUUCAAAUUGGCAUCAAAAUUACUCCAAAGAGACGAUUGCAAUGCAACUACACCAAAAGUCUUCUUGCCCAUUCCUAUAGACUUCUGCAGCGAGACAGAGAUACGUUGUGCUUUGCUGAAUAUCACGAAAGCCGGCGUAAGGUGCUUAUGGAUCUUGAUUGGAGCAAAUCUUCAUUGCUGCAAAGCCCACAAAAGCUCGUGCCGGUCAAUCAGUCAUGAAGCGGCACAUAGAUUGCUUGUAUGCGUUGUUGGGACUGUAAAAUGGUGCUCUCAACUUACCUCAUUGCGCCUGGUGACGAAUUUGAAUAACUUCGCCAUGUACAGACACUUACCAAUGGAGGAAGACCUGCCUAUUUCUAAGUGCAAGAUUGAACAUCUGACCCUUGUGAAUAUACCACUCGACAUGUUCUUUACGAACUUAGCAAUUUACAACGCUUUCAAGACGCUACGAUCUCUCAAAAUCAGCAACUGGUCAGUCAUUGAUCCUGAGCAACAUUAUCUAAUGAUGACGAACAUUACUCUUUCUUUAGCAGUCGCCAGUGAAAGUAUUGAAGAGGUUACAAUUGAUCUUCAUCUUUUUCUCCCCGAGCAAAGAGCUGACUAUGUUCUCAAUACCCAAAAGACACAGUACUUUUCGAAAGAUGACGGACCGGUAAUUACCUUGCCAAAACUGAAAACUCUAACGUUUUGUCAUACUGGAGUGCCAGUCUUGCUCCUCCUUGUGCGCGCUCCAAAUCUUGUACGACUCAACUUAUCGCCAGAUCAGUGCGAUGGUUCGAUAGACUUUCGCAGAUGGGCUCGUGAACAUCCUCUUCUGCAAAAGGUAUCGCUCCGAUUGGUCCAUAGAGUUGGAUCUUACUCCGUUGAGUCAUCCGAGAAAGCCCUUACUUUCAUUGAACAACAGCACACAAUGCAGGAAUUAGUGGUCUGGGAGCCCAUCAAGCGAUCUCAAGAUGAAAUCGUUAAAUUUAUCCGCUACCGUCAAAACGAUGCUACCUCUCCAAGCUUGAAAGAAGUUACAAUCAUAGAUCAAGAAGAAAAUUCUCUAACUGGAAAUGGAUCACGAUGGCUCGAGAACAAUCUGCCGACGUUUAAUCACGUUUAUCUGACGAAAAGAGAACACUCUUCCGUUGCAAUUCCUACGGAAGAUGAAAUGAAAGCAAACAAGUUAUGCUACGAGCAAACCGACUUGCACUUUUAUGAAAGGGGUAAUCCCGUGAACUUUGUUCCUUCAAGAAUGACCGUCAUUGAGCACCAAGAGACGUGAUGCUAUGCUAAAUGUUCCCGCUUUGACGACCGAAGAUAUGUAAAAUAUUUGUACAAUAAAAACC